GCUGCACUCUUUCAUAUGAAAUAUUUAAGACCGUUUAACCCUAAACUGAACCAAAGUCAGCAAUUAGCUAAUUACCUAAACUUAACCCUAGCCCACAGCCCACUACUAACAUCUGCCGGUUUUUUGCAAUUUAUCUUAGCCGCUCCCGAUUUAAUCGGCGACCCUUUCCUGGAAACUCCUUGCUCCUUUUUUUCACUUUCCUUCCUAAUUAAAAUUCAGCUGAAAUUCACUCCAAAUAAAUCCCAACCCCAAAUGCAACCCAAAUUAAAUCAUCUCCUCUCUCUCUCUUAUCCUCCCAUCUUCUUCCACCUCACCAUCACCCUUUACUCGCAUCGAAUAGCAUCGACGAUGAAUCUGUGGACAGACGAUAACUCAUCCGUCAUGGAAGCUUUCAUGAACUCGGAUCUCUCGGCUCUCUGGCCGCCGCCGCAGUCGGCUGCUUCCACUUCUACCCCUGCGCCACCAAGCGCCGACCCCAACAAGACUGUAAUCAACCAAUCUCAGCCUAUCUUUAAUCAGGAAACGCUGCAGCAGCGACUCCUGACCUUGAUCGAAGGGGCCAGAGAGAGCUGGACCUACGCUAUAUUUUGGCAAUCGUCGUAUGAUUAUAACGGUUCGGUGCUAGGUUGGGGUGAUGGGUACUACAAAGGAGAGGAGGAUAAAGGCAAAGGCAAAUCUAAAAGUACGAGUUCUUCUGCUGUAGAGCAGGAGCACCGUAAGAAGGUGCUCCGCGAGCUUAAUUCGUUGAUCUCAGGUUCUAAUACGGUCACCGACGAUGCGGUUGAUGAAGAAGUCACUGAUACUGAGUGGUUCUUUCUUGUUUCCAUGACUCAAUCAUUUGUUAAUGGAGGUGGGCUUCCGGGUCAUGCUUUCUUCAAUGGGAGUCCGGUCUGGGUUGCUGGGUCUGACCGGUUAUCUGCAUCGCCAUGUGAGCGGGCUAGACAAGGUCAAGUUUUUGGGUUACAGACGUUGGUUUGUAUCCCAUCGGCAAAUGGAGUUGUCGAACUUGGUUCAACGGAGCUGAUUUAUCAAAGCUCGGAUCUGAUGAAUAAGGUUAGGGUUCUGUUUAAUUUCAAUAGUGUUGAGGUGGGUUCAUGGCCGAUGGGAGCAAAUCCUGACCAGGGGGAGAACGAUACUUCCUCUCUUUGGAUCAGUGAUCCAUCGCAAAGUGGGAUUGAGAUGAAAGAUGGAAAUAGUACAGUUCCAUCAUCAGUUUGCAAUAAUACUAACAAUAGCAAUAACCAGAAUGGCUCGAAAGGAAUUCCGUUGGGAAAUCCCAAUUCGAGCAGCUUAACUGAGACCCCUAAUAUGCAACAAAAUCACCAGCAGCAAAAUCAACAACAAAUGACGCAGACACAAAGCUUUUUCACUCGCGAAUUGAAUUUUGGGGAUUAUAGUGGUUUUGAUGGAAGUAGUGCUAGAAAUGGGAAUUCUAAUUUGUUGAAGCCAGAAUCAGGGGAGAUAUUGAAUUUUGGGGAGAGUAAAAGAAGUUCUUGUAGUGCCAAUGGAAAUUUCUUUUCAGGUCAUUCACAGUUUACUGCAGAGGAUAAUAAUAACAAUAAUAGUAAUAAGAAGAAAAGAUCUCCCACUUCCAGAGGUAGUAACGAAGAAGGAAUGCUUUCCUUUACUUCUGGUGUGAUCUUGCCUUCUUCUGGUGUGGUGAAAUCUAGUGGCGGUACAGGAGAUUCAGAUCAUUCUGAUCUUGAAGCCUCUGUAGUUAGAGAGACGGACAGCAGCAGAGUUAUAGAGCCCGAAAAGAGGCCGCGAAAGCGGGGAAGAAAGCCAGCAAAUGGAAGAGAAGAACCGUUGAAUCAUGUUGAAGCAGAGAGACAACGAAGAGAGAAGCUCAAUCAAAGGUUUUAUGCAUUGCGAGCUGUGGUUCCGAAUGUGUCCAAGAUGGAUAAAGCUUCACUCCUUGGCGAUGCAAUUUCUUAUAUAAAGGAGCUUAGGACAAAACUGCAAACUGCAGAGUCCGAGAAGGAGGAGCUAGAGAAGCAAGUGGAGUCAAUCAAGAAGGAGUUUGCAAGUAAAGAUUCGCGUCCGGGGCCACCUCCUCCCGAUCAAGAACUCAAAAUGUCAAGUGGCGGAAGCAAAUUGAUAGAAAUGGAUAUUGAUGUUAAGAUAAUUGGAUGGGAUGCAAUGAUACGAAUCCAAUGUUGCAAAAAGAAUCAUCCAGCAGCUAGACUAAUGGCAGCUUUGAAAGAGUUAGACCUUGAUGUUCACCAUGCUAGUGUAUCAGUAGUGAACGAUUUGAUGAUCCAGCAAGCCACAGUUAAAAUGGGGAGUCGGUUUUACACACAGGAGCAGCUCAGGUUAGCUUUAUCAACCAAAGUUGGUGACACCUGAAAUCCUUGGAAGUAAAAUAGUGCAGCAAGAAAAUCUGUUACCGGUGGAAUAAGAUUAUAGGAAGUUGAAUUUAGGGUUCUGGGACAUUUUAAGGCUCCCGGCGGCACAAGCUCUGUACAAUAGUAUUUGUUUCCUAGUUAUUCCAUGGUAUAUAUUGUAGUUCAAUUGGAGUUUGAGCUAAGUUGAUUCUUAACGGAGGAGGAGCUGAACUAACAAUGCUAUUUAGGUCUGCAAGGCUCCAAGCGAAAGAAGAUGGCUGGCUGGCUGGCUAUUUUUGUGUUGGGUUUUUUUGCUUGUUAUUAAUGUUGGUCCUUGAUGAUGUAUAUAGUUCUUAAAUUAUGGGGUAUUAUGCAUUAAUGCAUAUGUGUAUCAGUGAUGUAGAAACUAUAAAGUUUCCUGUUUUUCGAGGAUAGAAAUAUGCCUACAUGUUUCAUACUAGUGGUGUGUUUUGUCUUUCCUUUUUCAGUUGAAGCUCUUAGAUUUAAACUGCA